GGUGGCUGUUCUAUUAUCAAGGGGUCCCGCUGCACUCCUAGCCUAGAGCGAGUCAAUUUAUGGAAAGACAAGUCGACCCUUUAAUGGUUCCCAUCAAAACCACUAAAAACAUCAUCAGACCGGCCGACUUCCGCGAGCCUUGCAGUGGCGGAGCCGCGCAGUUUUCUACCAGCUGACAGACUCCGACCCAAACAAACACGCGCACAGACAUUUCGUGGGAGUUUCGACCGAGCGUUUCACGUCCCACGAGAGAAGAGAAGUUCGCUUUUGCCUCAAGUUUUUCAACAUUUUAAGUCUGCUUCUCCUUCAUCCGGGAUACUUUUGCAGAAGGCGGCAGAAGUGGCCUGGCUCCUGAAGAUCACCGGUCCGCUCUGCGCCUUCGUUUACUCCCCCAAAAGGUUAUUUAUCUGUUUUCAUCUCCGGCUUUUAUCCACGCGAGUUUGGUGGUUCAUGUUCACAAAUGUUAGCGGUCGGGCAGAUGGAGGCUAACCGGCAGAGUGCUUUCGUCCUGGGCAGCACCCCGCUGGCGGCGUUGCACAACAUGACCGAGAUGAAGACGUCCCUCUUCCCGUAUUCGCUGCAGCAGAGCCCGGGGGGCUUCAAGGCGCCCCAGCUCUCCUGUCUCAACUCCCACAUGGCCAUGGGGACCCCGCACGGAAUAAGCGACAUCCUGGGGAGACCCAUCACCACGGCCGGACAGCUGCUCUCCGGCUUCCCCCGGAUCAACGGCCUGACCACCACGGCGGCAGCCGCCGCAGCGGCGGGGAUGUACUUCAGCCCGGCGAUGUCUCGGUACCCGAAGCCUCUGGCCGAGCUGCCGGGGAGGGCGCCCAUCUUCUGGCCCGGGGUGAUGCAGGGCUCUCCGUGGAGGGACCCGCGGCUUCCUUGUCCCAGUCAAGCUAAUAUGAUGUUGGACAAGGACGGAAAGAAGAAACACUCCAGACCAACCUUCUCGGGACAGCAGAUUUUUGCACUGGAGAAAACUUUCGAGCAGACUAAAUACUUGGCCGGACCCGAGAGAGCCCGGCUGGCUUACUCUUUAGGAAUGACCGAGAGCCAAGUCAAGGUCUGGUUCCAGAACCGGAGGACCAAAUGGCGGAAGAGACACGCGGCGGAAAUGGCCACGGCCAAGAAGAAGCACGACUCGGAGACGGAGAAGAUGAAGGAGAGCUCGGACAAUGAGGACGACGACGAGUACAACAAGCCCCUGGACCCCAACUCAGACGACGAGAAAAUCACGAGACUGUUGAAAAAGCACAAGGCCACCAACCUGGCGCUGAUCAGCCCGUGCAGCAACAGCUCGGACACCUUGUGAUGUCCACGGCCUGGCUGGGGCGGGGGGGGGGGGGGGUGCAGAGUGGGAGGGUGAGGAAGGACAAAUAGGCCUGACAGAGACUUACGUAUUAAGCUCGGGCACAGCAUGAAAAUGCGUGGGCAAAAAAAAAGAGAAAAAACACCCUGAAUGUGCGCCGAGGACGCGCGAAAAGACGCAGACACGUGACCGGAGACGCAUUUCGGCUGCAUCCGAAACCCACUCACGGACCGACACGGAGACACGAGUCCCGCCAGGGCAGCGUGGACUGCGAGGAGACUCACGGUGGCAACUUCAUGGCCGGUAAAAACGACACGAACAUGUCGGGACGGGAGUUCUAACAACAUGUGUAAAUGUAAACAACAUAUUCUUCACACACACACACACACAUCCGGAUCAGUGUUGGGUCGCCCAUGUGACUUUUAUACGUAACGCUGCUUUGCCGCACUCCUGCAGUUUUAGUUCACCACACUUGUUACAUUAGCUCCCGUUCCCACGAUAUUCGUGACAUUUGCGAGCCAAUGAGGACACGCGGUUUUCUCUGUUAAUCGGUUUAGUCACAAUACUUUUCAUAUGCAGAAAAAGAAAUGCAUUUUUGGUGGGCCCUGUUUUAUUGUCCACUCUCGAGUUAAAAGAAGAUGACCCCGCUGUAGGUCACAUGAUUCGUUUCGACGGGGGCCGCGAGUUUUUUAAUACAACGGAUUUAUGAAGCAGCAGCUGAUCCGGAUCCCAUUACGCAUGUGCAAAGUGGCAGCUGUGAUGCUUCUAAAGCUCCGUUUAAGCAGGGUAACCACUGUCCGAAAAAAGGCGAGAGUACCAAUGUGUGGAUGGGAUGGAAUGGGGGGGGGGGGGGUGGUGUUUGCUGCAGCCUAAAUAUAAGAUUGUAUAUAUUUUUUACUGAAUAAGUUAUGUGAACCAGUGGAGCCGUGGCAGCCCGGACGCGCUUAUUUCCCCUCUCAGAUAAACCUGCUGCUUCGUGUUGUUUUGUUCUCUCUGUUCACACAUGUAAAGACUGUAAAUACUCCCUGCAGGAGGAGCUCAUCCUAACGACACCGCGGCGCACUCUGUUCUGUCCGAUUUGAUUUUGAGGGAAGUGUCAUGGUUUACUUCGCCACACUGCUGGAAAAGACAACGGGACCAGUUGGAAUUAAAGAGUAUUAUGCUUCCGGAAAGGUUAUUGGAGGAGGAAGGAAAAAAAACACUUUGUAUUAUGAAUAAAUUAUUUAACAAGCAUUUUUGUUGUAUCAUGGGGUUUGUUUUAAUGUAUGGUCCUAAUAUAAAUUAAAGAUACAUUCUUUGACUAUCAAUAACUGCAUUUUAUUUUUGGCAGAAAAAUAUGCUGUUAGGAUUCAUGGCGAUAUAAC